CCUCGACCCAUGGGCGGCCAGCAAAAUCAGAUGUUCAAUCCUCAACAGCAGCAGCAGCAACAACAACAACAACAACAGCAGCAGCAGCAGCAGCAGCAGCAACAGCAGCAACAGCACCAACAACAACAGCACCAGCAGCAGACGAAUGGACAACCUGCUGGACAGCCCAACAUGACUGCAAAUCAACAACAACAGGCGCUUAAGAGGAGCCAGUUCUUGAAGACACUAGCCAGCCAUGCCCAACAGCAGAACCGACAGUUCAACCCUGCUCCCGCCAUUGGUGGAAAGACUGUGGACCUGUUCAAUCUCUGGACGCUGGUUGCGCAGUCCGGUGGCUCGUCGAUGGUGGAGCGGAAUGGGCAGUGGCAGCAGAUCGCCAACAGGAUGGGCUUUCCAGAGCCCCAAUUCCCCACCGCCUCGCUCGAGCUGCGGCAAUGUCAUUCACGGGACAUCUCGCAGUAUGAGAGACUCUGGGUGGCCAGGCUGGCACAACAGAAGCAAGAAGUAGCUAGGAUGCACGCGUCGCAGAUGGCCGGCAUGGGUGGGCCACCCCAAGCCUCUCCAACCAGGCAAAUGCAGGGUACCAACCAGCCCAAUCCCUACUUCCAACCGCCUCAGCAGAAUCAAGCGCAGGCGCAGGCGCAGUCCACGCCAGUGGCAGCCAACGCGCAACUGCCGCAGAAUGGGAUGAUCACGCCCCAGCAACAGCAAAUGCUCCAGCACAGGCGAAGUAGCAGUGUUCGAAGACCGGAUCAGCCCACACCGCAACCAGGUGCACCAGUCGUCGCUGCACCUUCGCCCCACACAGCGGACAAGGGGGCCUCACGGUUACCACUGCCGGGCAGUCAAGACGGCCGCACAAGGAUGAUGAUGAAGAGCGAGGAGGAUCCAAGUACGGUAUGGAUGCCGCGCCGAUCGACCACGCAAAGGUACGGCGGCUACGAACUCGACAGCUCCGAGAUCACAUACAGGGAAAUCGCGGAUUUGAAGCCGUUCGCGCCCACCGUCAACGAGAUGGGCGUCAUCGAUGUCAAGGCCAUCACUCUGAGCCUGGCGUCGGGCAUUCACAGCGAGGUGCGGUACGCACUUGAUGCCCUGUGCACCAUUUCCUCCGACGCGCGCAUCAUGUUUGAUCUCAGCCAAUCCGAAGACCUCUUCGACGUCAUCAUCGACUGCGCCGAAGUCCAGGUGGACUCGCUGUCCAACGAGGCCGCUGAAGUCUCGGAUGCGCUGGAUCUGACGCCGUACGAAGAUGUAGUGCGAGCGGCUCGCAUCGAAGCGGACACUUUGCAAGACGUGCCGGAAUUCGGCACCCAGGCGUAUGACCUGGAACGGGCUGCGGAGAGGCUGGUUGCAAUCUCGACGAUCCUUCGAAAUCUGUCCUUCUACGAACCCAACCAUACCGCCCUCACGUCCCCCGUGCUAGUGAAAUGGUUCAGCAACGCCAUCCGUCUUCUGGGGACGCGCAAUAUGCUGCUUCGCUCGUACUCCAAUAUCCAGGACUUCUACAAAGACAUGAUCAUCCUCCUCUCCAACAUCACGCAACGCCUGGAGUUACCGAGCCGUGACGACGCUCUUCACAUCCUUCACUUCCUGCUGGCCUUUGCUCCCCAGCCUGCGCCUAGCUACAUGGACACCAAAGGCAAGCCACGGUUCGCCAGCUAUUCACCCGCCGCUCACUGCUACCUCCCACCAGCCGUCGAUUCCCUGGCAAAACUCCUCGCUCGACAAGACCCCAAUAGAAUGUUCUACAGGAGCAUCUUCACCUCUUCGUCCUCCUCCCUUGCAGCCUCGGAGUCCCCCCUCGACCUGCUCACCCGAGCCUUCGCCCUUUCCAUCGCUGUCCUUCCCGACCGCACGAGAGUCUUGCCAGGCCCCGACGCCUCCGCGCUCAUCUGCGGCGUUCGCAUCCCCUACGUAAGCCAAGGCAUGCUAGCCGCCGACAUCCUCGCGGCCCUCAUCCCGGCCAACGACUCCGAGCUGGCGCGGAAAUGGCUGGAGAGCGAAGACGGCUGGGCAGUGGGACUGCUGGACCUCGCUUCCAUGCUGGCCGUUGAGACGACGGUGCUGGGCCAACGGGCCCGCGAUGCCUCGUACGACCACGAGAGCCACAAAAUCCUCGGCAAGCUUUCCUCCCAGCAUGCGUUGGCGAUGCUGCAGCGGCUCGCGGAGAAGGCGAGGAAGGGGCGACAGACGCAGACUGGUCGGGCUGUGAGCACGAAGGCCAGUGAAGGCCUGGCGAACGGCGACGCUGUCGUUGAUGGGGGCGAGGUUGAUGGAAAGGAGAAGGAGGAGCAAAGCUUGGCCUAUGAGGCUUUCCCUUUCAGCCAUAAGGUCUUGGGCGCGCUGAUGAAGCAAGACACGGAUAAGGUGGCGCUGGGAUUGAUGUGUGGGUUGCAUGAGCUGACUAUGCAAGCUGGAGCAUAAGGCGGCGACGGAGGGGCUUUCGGUGUAUUUAUUUUGCCUGAUCCAUUCCGCACUGGAAAGAGACGUUUAGACAUGGGAGGGAGGGCAUUGGAGUUUCGGAGGCUCUUUGGAUAUUGAUGUAGUGGGAUGAUGAUACUGGGGGAGAGAGACGAGGAGGGAGCGACUGUGAGAGAUUGUAGCAGUGAGGCAGAGAGGUAUACUGGCGAUUUCUAGCCCUGCGGCGGAGGUAUCCCUAGCUUAUGCCUGUCCGCAGCAGAUCAAAUGAGUUCGGUAAGCAACCAAGU